AUACACACACACUUGUCUCCAACUAUUUGCGGCAUCUCUCGUUGCUGUCAAACUUUGCUUCAAUUCGAUUCAAUGUGAGUGGUUUGUUUUCCAAAUCAAUUCAAUUUCCACAGUUUGCUGUUCCAUGACGCUGAAUUGAAUUCAAAGAGUUAAAAUCGUAAUAUCGGAACAGUUUUGGUCCAACGAGUGAGCAAAAGUUACAUCGAACCACCGAUUCGCGCCUAUUCCACAACAAUUGUAGAUUGUGACAAAACCACCAAAUAUUUAACCUCAAAGUCAAAUUGAGCUCAAACAAAGUAGAACUGGCAAAAUAGCUACUGUGUUGUUGACGAUUCAUUCCCAAGUGAACAAUAUCACAUCACGAUGUCAAAGCGGAUCAAGCUAUCAUCGCAUUUGCAGCACCAAUAUCUAAACUCGGACACCGCUGACAUUUUCUUCGAAUGUAACACCGAAUCGGGUGACUGUGAACGAGUACCGGCUCACAAGUUUGUGCUGAUGAUGAGCAGUGAAGUGUUCAAGUCAAUAUUCUGUGGUUCAUCAAAGGAAGAGAAAGCGUUGUACCGAAUCGAUGUAGCGUCUGCCGAGGCAUUCAAAGAGUUUCUCCAGCUGUUAUACUUCGACCAUGUCCAGUUGACCGUGAAAAAUGCGCCACAAGUUAUGGAUCUGGUGCAAAAGUACCAAAUUGCGGAAUGUGGUGGUAUUUUUGCCACAUUGCUACGAGAACAUUUCGAAAAGAGCAAAGUGUGCUGGGGAUAUCAGUUGGCAAUAUUCACCGGACAAAAUGAUCUGAAGAAUUUGUGUGAAAACCAAUUCAUUUGGCACACCGACGAUGUGUUCAAAUCCGAUGACUUUUUUGCAUGUCCACGUUCGACAUUGUGCUGUAUUCUGCAAUUGGACCGUUUGUCAUGCAACGAAGCCACGGUGUUCAAUGCGUGCAUCACAUGGGCCAAAGCCGCUUGCGAACGUGAACGCUUGGAUGUAAACGAUGGUAAACAUUUGCGUGAACAAUUGGGUUAUGUUUUGUAUCAAAUUCGCUUUCGAUCGAUGACAUUUGAUGAGUUCUCCAUCCUACUGACAACAGCACCCGGAUUGUUUACAGCUGAAGAACUCGAAGAGAUCAUCCAAAUGAUGCGUUCGAAUGACUACAAAACGAAAAUAUUUAGCGGUAAAAUUCGAUUGCCAACCACAUUCAGUCGUGAUCCAAGUGUCCUGUUGAAGUGUAAAUUGGAACCGAGUCAAGUGAAGGGACCGUUUGUACAACGUUUGCACGUUGAGAAUGUGGAAAAGACAACGUUCAGCGUGACAAAACCACUUUUGUUUGGUGAAUUCGCUUGUGCACCAAUGAAAAGCCAAUACGAUGGCUUUGGGAUCCCAAAGAGUAAAUUGAAAAUCAUCGAAAAACCGUAUGGAAGUGACGAUUCGAAAUCAUCGCAUGGAACCGUUCUCACCAAUGCAAAUGUCACACUCAAAGAUUUUGAAGCACACUACAUGCUCACCAAGCCAAUUCAAGUUAGGCCUGGGUUUGUGUACGAAAUUCGCCUUGAGCACGCAUUCAACAAAAUGUUCCUGAAAACCAACAUCUACGAACAAACCGUCAAACACAUUGAUGAUAUCACAGUUCAAUUCCAUGACCGAUACGGAAUCGUCUGCGCACUUUACUUUAAUCGCUAACAACCUUUUUUGGUUGAUCCGAAAGAUCGAUUCGGACUAAUUCGGAUCGAUUCAAAUCAUGACUAGUUGAAAAGUUUCAGUUGAAAAGAAAUUUUGUAUUAGUUUUAAGUUAAAAAUGAUGUUGAACAUUUUAGAAAAUAGUACCAUUUUGUAAGAACACAAGACACAUUUAGAACACCACCAAGAAACAUUGUUCUUUGCAUCAAUGCCAAACAAAUUCAUUGUUUAUUGAGAAAAAAAAAUUCAAUUGUUCAUUGAAGAAUAUUUAAAUUAACAGAGAUUGCAUAUUUGCUGCUGAGUAGGCUUGAGCUGAGCUGAAUUUGCUAACUCAGGCACCUGAAGCGGUAUUUUAGCGCACUUCUGGUGCAAAAUUGUUGUGGAUCGCUGAAAUCCACCCAAUUUUAAUUGAUAAACAGCGUGGAACGGUGAAAAAUUGUUGUGGACCGGUGGAAUUCACGAUGUUUAUCAAUUAUAUUUGGGUGGAUUCCAGCGAUCCACAACAAUUUUGCACCGUAAGUGCGUUAAAAUACCGCUUCAGGCGCCUGAGUUAGCAAAUUCAGCUCAGCUCAGCUCAGGCCUACUCAGCAGCAAAUAUGCAAUCUCUGUAAAUUAAUGAUAAUCUUGAAUUGUUCGAAGGAUAAUUUGCAAACUUGCAUUCAUUGAAAAAUGUUCAUUGUCCAAUGAAAACUUUUCAUUUAAAUUUGUUCAUGUUCAAAGACUCAUUCGUUCAGUUUGAAAAUUAAUGAACAGAAUGUUUAUUUCAUAGGCUAAACCCAAUUCAGAGGUUGAUUUAUAUACUUUAUUACUAUGAUUCAAUUCAAAAACACUUACUUUUUUGUUACAACUAAGAUGUAAUGUGUUUCAUUCCGACUAAUCUCUGCUUCAUGAUAAAUUGAAUAACAAAUAAAGAAUGAAGGAAGAAAUAAAGAAAGAAAGAACUCCGUUACAGAAGAAAAAACGGAACCUAUAUCUUUCUAACGUAAAAGAGGUCAACCGAAAUAAAAGUCCAAUUUCAAAUGAUAAA